GGAGCCCCCGCUCUCAUUCAGUCGCUUUCAUUCAGCGCCCACUCGCCGGCAUUGCGUUCGCGACGCUCGUGUCGCGUAGGUGGCUCCCGCGGCCGUUUCCGAACGUACCGGACUACGUUCGCGCGCUUUUCAAAUUAGAAUGAUCAUAGAUUUAAUAGUUUUUAUUGUGUGACAUUUUUAUUUUUUAAUAAUGGGUGAGCAAGCGUUUACGAUUUCCGAUGACAAUAUCGAGCAUCAUAUAGUGACGUUGUUUGAGAAGUUGGAGUGUUUGCGGAAAGAUGGUAGCGAUGCUGGUUUGCCGGGUCGUGUGCCUGCCAGACUGGAAGUGCGGACCUUGUCGUUGUGGAAGGCUGUUGUGGCUGAAUGUGCUGCGUCGUUCUUGUACGUGUUCAUAGUGUGCGGGGCGGCGAGCGGCGCGGGCGUGGGGGCUUCCGCUUCAGCUGUGCUGCUGGCGACGGCGCUCGCUUCCGGAUGUGCCAUCGCUACGCUCACCUUAUGCUUCGUCAACAUCUCCGGUGCACACGUGAACCCUGCAGUGACGGCGGCGUUGUGUGUGCGGAGGCGCGUGUCCCCGCUGCGCACUGCGCUGUACAUCGCUGCGCAGUGCGGAGGAGCCAUUGCCGGCGCAGCUGCGAUAUAUGGCGUCAGCGUACCCGGCUAUGCUGGUAGCCUCUCAGCAUCACUCCCUGGAGGCGGGGCAGCGGCGUGGGAGCGGCUGGGAGCUGAAGUGGUGCUGUCGGGGUUGGUGUCCGCGGCCUACUUCGCAGCCAUGGAGCGCCGCUGGUCGGGAACUGCGCCCGCCAUGCUGGGAGUCGCCUACUGCGCUGCUAGCUUUGUUUCUAUGCCCUCCCUGAACCCGGCACGGUCACUCGGCCCAUCCUUCGUGCUAUCCCGCUGGGACAGUCACUGGGUGUGCUGGGUGGGUGGUCUAGGCGGUGGGGUAGCCUGCGCACUGCUCCACGAGUGGGGCACGAAGCGGCCGCGAACACAUUCAAACUCCCGCGCGUCUUCGCCUCGAGAUCUCGAUGAAUUGGACAAGCCGUCAUUCCCGACGUCGCACCAUCAUUAUCGGCAUGCACCAACGUAUUGUGCUGCAUCAGCGCCCCGCCCUGACACCACGGAACCCUUGUAUUCUGGCACUAAGUCGCUGUACUGCAGAUCUCCGCCGCCCGCUCGACACACGCUGCACAGGUCAGCUGAAGGAUCGACUUGUUGCACAUCCCAGUCAGUAUACAGCAAAAGCAGCGGCGCGGGCGCAGGCGGGCCACUGGUGGCUGCGCAGUCGCUGCUGCUGCGGCCGCCGCAACACACGCACACGCACGCGCACACGCAACAUGCAUUAACGCAUAACCAGAAUGCGCACAAUGCGCAGCGCGAGCCGGCGUACGGGGCUACGGUGAAUGGCAUCAGGCCGGGACCUGCGGGUGCAGCAGUAACGGAGCGUCGCGAGUCGGUGUACAGCGCAAGCGCGGCAAGCAGCACGACGCGGCGCGGCCCGCUGCCGUCCGACGACAGUGCGUACGGCAGCGGCACCUACUCCCGCGCACCCUACAGGGCCACCCCGCCCGACCAUUACUAGCGACGACCUUCGCAGCACAACAUUGCGCUGCUCUUUGACGUUUGAACGUUUUGUGAAGUGGUUUUAUCUUGUAAUAACUGUCUCAUAAUGAAGAAUAGUAUAAACCGUUUGUGAAAUAGCUAUAACAUCUGCGCGCAUGGGAACGUUACGUAUGUAUUCCCGUACGUUGUACAUGGCGACCCGCUAUAUCAGUAAAGACGACCUAGCAGUGUUGUUUGAAUUUGUUGUGAAGUGGAAAUUAUUCUGGUAAGUUAAGGUAAGUUCUAAUAAUAAUGACGAAAGUUAAAUUACUAUAUAUAUAUGUAUAUACUAGCAGCCCGUCCCAGCUUCGCUCGGGUAAAAUCACAAUAAAACUUCACAGAAAUCACCCUAUAGAUAAUCAGAUUUAAUUCAAAAUAAUUGAAGUUCAGGAUUCGAAUCAUCGACAGUAACAGCGCGAAUUCAAUGGUGUUUACCACUGAGCUGUCUUGAUAUCUUUCUAUCUCUUCUCAUUUAACUACCCUAAAGGUCAAAUUUAAAAAAAUCCUGAAACACUGGUUUCAUUAUUUUGCAUAACAUUUGUGCCAAGUUUCAAAUAGAUCCGUAAAGAUUUUCGUUAUUUUUCAUACAAACUUUACCCCAAAUUUUUACCCCUUUAGUGGUCGAAUUUUGAAAAUUCCUUUCUUAUCUGAGCACUACGUAAUAACAUAAAGCUACUGCCCAAAUUUCGCGUUUAUAGCUUCAAUGAUUUAGGCUGGGCAUGAUUAGUAAAAAUCGCUUGUACUUUUAUAUAUAUAGAUAGAUGUUGGACUCGGUGGUAUAACAAACAAUUUGUGGAAUACCUAGCAUUAAUUAACAAGCAAUUAAAUCAAAUUAACUUUAUGAUUAUACUAAAUGGUGUAUUAAAAAUCGCAAAAGUUAAAGGUACUCGUAGUCAAAUCUUUGACGAUUGAGCGUGUUGUAAAGUGGUUUUAUUUUGUAAAAAAAAUCGCAAGAUUUUGAAAUGUUAACCUGAGCUAGAUUUAUAGACUACCUAACUUCUUUGAAAUAAUACUUUUGUAAAAUAGUCUAAUGAAUAAUAGCUUUUUAUUCUAUAAGUCUUCAUUUGUUAAAUCCAAAUGUAUGUCUAAUAAAUUGAUUUUCACUUAAUAACUCAGUUAUUUUAUAUAAAGACUGCUUAUAUUUAAUUUAGUUAUGUCUGUACUGGCUGGAUUUAAGGACCAUAAUUCCAUAUUAUUAAGGCUUGCCAUAUAUUAUUUUAGUGCCAUAUUUAUGUCUUCAUAGAUAAGAUUCUAUAGUUACUCAGACGUUAACGAACCAAAUAUUAUCUGGCUAUCCUUAUUAAUACUAGAUUAAGAUACAUUUUGCUAUAUAUUUAAGACAUGUAUUAAAUAAGGCUUCCAACGAAAUACUAUAUUUAAAUUUUAAUCCACUGUUAACAUUAAUUGAUGUUAACGAAGCUGUCUUCGUAUAUCGAACAUAUAUUGAACUAUAAUAAUGUUGCCAAAAUGAAAAAUAGGUAAGUUAGCAAAAUAAUUACUAAAUAAUUAUGUAGCAUUUCUAAUUCAUAAAUAAAAUUAAACUCUCGAAAGACUUACUAGUAUAAGAUAAUGUUGAAUGUAAAUAUAAAUAAGGAAAAUAUCUUGUAACCGUCAUUUGCUAUGAACGGUUACUGUAAAAUUUUAAUUAAAUUGAUUAGGUACCUAGAUAUAUUCAAUUAUAGUUUUAAAAAAUUGCAAGGUAACAUAUAAAUUAACUAUGUGGACCAUCUUUUCAGGAGAAAGAUGCAAUCUAUCAUAUUGUAAGACUAUUACAUCUCUAUUUACCUAUUUCCAUAAAAUCCACUAAUUAGUAUUUAUAUUUAUAAGGAUAACAAUUAAAAUAUGUAUGUUAUAGUGGUUACGAGAAAAGUUACAUGCUAUUUUAAGAAGCUAGCUAGAAUUUUGGGUAGUAUUUGUUUUUAAGCUUCAAAAGCACUCACGGCUCUCUGUUACAAUAUUGUGACACAGAAAGUUACGCAUAAGUUGUUGUUGGUAAAAAAUAUAUAGUCUGUAACAAAAAGAAUAUGUCGGAUAAUACAUUUAACAAAAAUUUAAAAUUUUAAAGCAUGGAAUAUUAGAAUCUAUGUUUUCAAUUUUUCCUUCGCAGUAACGUCAGUGUGACACUAAAGAACCUUUCAUUUCACAAUCACACCAUUGCGACAAAGUUCUUGUUGGUCAUGCCGUUUGAUAAUUUUCCUAAAACUUAGAGGAAUGGAAUAUUAAGAGUCCAUGUUUUAGGACACAGCAAAAGUUAUUCCUAUUAGUCGGAUUUUGCGAUAACUAAUACUGUUCUAGUUCUAAUGGAUAUAACUUAUUAUGAAAUUAAAUGUUGAAAACACUAAAUUAAAUUUUGGUGAAGUUAGAAAUGUUAUCCUUACCAUGAAUAUGUUUCGUGUAUUUUUGUAUGAUUUACUUUAUUAAUUAGAACAUUUUAAUAUUUUCCAGUGUAAAAUGUUUGUCAUUCUACCCCUUAUUGUAAAAUAAUAAAUGUUACAAAAUCCAUUUUGUAAAUAAAUUGACAAAUAAAUUUACUUGCAGUUUCAA